AUGCCUCCCGUCCAACCAGUGCAAGAUGAAGCUGGGUCGAAUCAGUCAGUUACACGACCUUUUGAAGAUGCGGACAUGAAGGAAACACGACUACUUCUGGGCAUGAGCGCCAUGGAACCACUUCAAGUUGCCAACUUUCAGGCAUAUACCCACCCACUGAUAAUUGCUCUUUGGGUUGCAUUGUCGAGCGCCUUCGUUCAGGUAGCUGGAUUUUGGCCGAAGCCCGAGUAUGGAUGGUAUGGAUAUUUAGCGCCAAUACCCGCAAUUGCAGCUAUGGGAUACCCUAUUUUGUUUGUUAUUGAUUGGAUUCAGCGCUGGAACUUUGAAAAAGCCUUGCGACGGCUCCUACUCUCGGAAGACAUACUUGACAUCAAGUCCUACUACGAUAAACCAUCCCUAUUCCGAGUGCUCAUAUGGAAUGGUCGUCCAAUCGGCUAUGUCGCACUUGACGCUGCAUAUCCAGACGAAAUCUUGACCAACCUCGUCGAUGAAGAGGAGAAGUUGGGCUCAACGUCAUCUACUGAUCCUAAACCAACCCCAGCUCGAGAGAAAGCGGCAGAGAUAUUGAAGGAGAGGAACGCUCAACGCAAAAAGCGCAAGAACAAUGAUCCAGCCACCCACGCUGUAAUUCGUCAUCUUUACGUCGACAGCGUGUACCAUAGAAGCGGGAUACAACAUGAACUCAUCCGAAGAGCUGUCAAUGAAGUAUUCGGCCACACCAGCCCAAAGCAACAAAAGGGUAGUACGGUCCAGGAGGUGUUCGUGCGAAUUUCGUCAUUGGAGAAGGAAAAGGCAAAGGUGCUGCACGAAGCAGGUUUCGUUCCAACCAAGGACCGAAAGGUCGAUGUGGGAUCCGAGCCAGUGUCCACGCGUGCACCCUUAUGGGGCCUGGGCUUGACACUCACUGGAAGAGCGUUAGUUGGGGAAAAAAUUGAAUGGUGGGUUCUAACAAGGGAGCGAUGGAACAAGAUCGCGUCGUAA